GGUGCUGUUUCUGCAGUUCUCAUCCUAACCCAGUUCUCUCCUGUUCUCUCCCGCCCUUCUCCUGCUCAUGCUCGUGGUCUCCGUGUCGCCCCCUUUUCCUGUGCGCCCUGGCUCUGUGGGUUUCCUUUGUGUGGGUGUCUCCCUCCUUCCCAUGUCCCUGCCUCCCCAUCUCUGUGCCGCCCCCCAACCCUCUCUGUGUGUCUUUCCUCUCUCUUGCGGGUGUCUGUCCCCUUGGUUUUAUCAUCUGUGUCCCCUGCUUCAUUUCCUCCUGCCCCCUCCUGUUUCCCUCCAUCUCCCCACAAACCCCCGUCUCUCCCCGGAUUCCGACUCCUUCUCCCCACCUUCUCCCUCUCUCCCGGACUCUCUCCCACCAGUGGUGCCUGAGGCUACAAGCCCAAGUAUCUUCAACUCAAGAAGAAGUUAGAAGAUGAGUUCCCCGGACGCCUGGACAUCUGCGGCGAGGGGACUCCCCAGGUUACCGGGUUCUUUGAAGUCAUGGUAGCAGGGAAGUUGGUUCACUCUAAGAAGGGAGGCGAUGGCUUCGUGGACACAGAGAGCAAGUUUCUGAAGCUGGUGGCCGCCAUCAAAGCCGCCUUGGCUCAGGCCGGAGUGCCCUGAA